CCAUUUGGAAGAAGAUCUCAAGCUGCCAAAACAAAGAAAAUGUUGCAGGAGACGGAGACCAGAUUCCUGCUCUUUGAAGACAAAACCAGUCCAGGCUGUCAGAUUCGGCUCAAUCACCCAGACACAUUACAGGAGUGCGGCUUCAACUCCUCCCUGCCUUUGGUGAUGAUAAUCCACGGGUGGUCGGUGGACGGUGUGCUGGAAAACUGGAUCUGGCAGUUAGUGGCUGCGCUGAAGUCUCGGCCAGCCCAGCCAGUGAACGUGGGGAUGGCGGACUGGAUCACCCUGGCCCACCGCCACUACCCCGUCGCUGUCCACAACGCCCGCCUUGUGGGCCUGGAGGUCGCGGCUCUUCUCCAGUGGCUGGAGGAAUCUGUUCAAUUUUCUCGAAGCGAUGUUCACCUAAUUGGGUACAGCCUGGGCGCACACAUCUCAGGGUUUGCUGGCAGCUACAUUGGCGGAACACGCAAGAUUGGGAGAAUUACAGGGUUGGAUGCUGCAGGCCCUUCGUUUGAGGGAACUUCCCCCAGCAACCGGCUUUCUCCAGAUGAUGCCAAUUUUGUGGAUGCCAUUCACACCUUUACCCGGGAUCACAUGGGCCUGAGUGUGGGCAUCAGACAGCCCAUAGCGCACUAUGACUUCUACCCCAAUGGGGGCUCCUUCCAGCCUGGCUGCCACUUCCUAGAGCUCUACAAACACAUGGCCAAGCACGGCUUAAAUGCCAUCUUCCAGACCAUAAAGUGCGCCCACGAGCGAUCGGUGCACCUCUUCAUCGACUCCCUGCUGCACGACAGCAUGCAGAGCACGGCCUACGUGUGUGACGACAUGGACAGAUUCAGCCAGGGCCUGUGCCUGAGCUGCAGGAAGGGCCGCUGCAACACGCUGGGCUACCACAUCCGCCAGGAGCAGCACAGCAAGAGCAAGAGGCUCUUCCUCGUGACGCGAGCCCAGUCCCCCUUCAAAGUUUAUCAUUACCAGUUCAAGAUCCAGUUUAUCAACCAAAUAGAGAAGCCAGUAGAACCAACUUUUACCAUGUCGCUCCUUGGGACAAAAGAGGAAAUGCAGAAAAUUCCCAUCACUGUGGGUGAAAGAAUUACUAGCAAUAAAACCUAUUCCUUUCUGAUCACAUUGGAUUUGGAUAUUGGCAAGCUGGUCAUGAUCAAGUUCAAGUGGGAAAACAGUGCAGUGUGGGCCAAUAUCUGGAACACGAUCCAGACCAUCAUCCCGUGGGGCACGCGGCCCCGCCACUCAGGCCUUGUUCUGAAGACCAUCAGAGUCAAAGCAGGAGAAACCCAGCAAAGAAUGGCAUUUUGCUCAGAAAACAUGGAUGAUCUACAACUUCUCCCAACCCAGGAGAAAGUCUUUGUGAAAUGUGAAGUAAACUCUAAAAAAUUAAAGCAGAAGAUCAGAUGA